AGCACAUACACAGAGACAGUAACAGUGUGUAACAUAACAGGAGCUUUGCUAUCAUUCUUAAGUGGAUUUGGUGUGUAGAUCUGUGUGUGUGUGUGUGUGAACUCAGGAUGAAUAUCCUUCUCCUCAUUUUCACUGUCUGCUUGAUCUCAGAUGGAGGAGACUCCAAGGAAGUAACAGGAUAUUCAGGAGGAGGAGUCCUUAUCAAGUGCAAGUAUGAUACAGAAUACACACAAAAACUAAAAUAUUUCUGUAAGGGUUCAUCGCCAGGCUGUUCUGAUCUAAUAAAGACAAAAGAUAAAAACAUGUGGAUAACUUCAGGAAGAUUCUCACUGUUUGAUGACACCAAAUCAGCAGAAUUCAGCGUGAUGAUCAGAGAGAUCACUGGAGAAGACAAUGGGACGUAUCAGUGUGGAGUUGAUAAAUCUUGGGGAAACGACAUUUACACACCAGUGGAACUAAAAGUAAAGGAAGGAAGCUUGGGCUCUAGAGAAGUGAGUGCAUAUGCAGGGGUAGGAAUCAACAUCAUGUGCAGAUAUGAGGAUGAAUAUAAAGACAAGCCAAAAUCUUUCUGUAAGAGUGGAACACAUCAGAGGUGUUUUACUCAAACAACAAAUCCAAACAGUGAAUGGUCACAUGAGGACAGAUUCUUAAUUUAUAACAACAGAAGUGCAGGAUUCUUACAAGUGUUUAUCAGAGAACUGAUUACGGAGGACACUGGAACAUAUGCAUGUGUUGUUUCUGUUUCUGAUGAAGUAGAAACCUUCACUGCAGUGAACCUGAAUGUAACAGAAGAUCAGUCGUAUGAGAAAUCCAUCAGUGAGACUGUCCAUGUAGGAGGGGAUUUGAAAAUAAGCUGUAAAUACCCACAAUCCCUCAGGAAUGACACCAAAUUUCUUUGCAGGAGGCUGCAAACUGCUUUUUGUUCUAUUAAAGGCAAUGAUCAAGAAAAAAACAAUGUAAAUGUGGGGAAAUUUUGUCAGAAUGAUGACAAAGUAAAACAAAUCUUCACUGUGAGUAUUAGAAAUGUAAAUGAAAGAGACUCUGGUGAAUACUGGUGUGGAGCUAAAGCAGAUUCGACAUCAAAUCAUGGAUACAGGGUUUAUUUCACACAGAUCAACCUGACAGUUACUGAGACACCCUUAAAACCAACACAAGCUUCAGUGCCCUCCUCCUCCUCCUCCUCCUCAUCAUCAUCAUCAUCAACAACAACAACUUCGGCACCAGCAGGAUUCAGACUUUCCAUUGUGGACACAGUGUUUAUAAAUGUUAUGAUUGGGCUUGUGGUGGGAAACACAUGCCUUUGUUUGACUUACCUAAUUAAACACAUGAUAAAAGGGAGAAAAGCAACUCGUAACAAGAAUUCUGUUCCAGGCUCAGCAAACAGCCAUAAAGCAAAUGACACCAGAAGCAUUUUAGCCCCAGAAGCUGGAACCUCUGCAGGUGGCUCAACUUCACACGAUCUAUUCACAAGCUCAUCUGAUCCCUCUCAAGCGAUUUACGCCAACACUAUGUUACCACUAUGUCCCCACGAUUCCACAACAGCUUCCACAACUCAGUUAACCACAAUUUAUCCUGAUUCCGCCAACGCCGCUGUAGGGCAAACCUCUGAAAAUCUGAAUUACGCAAUGGUGCAUUUUCAUAACAAUGAUGCAGCAGAUAAGAUUCGUUUUCAAAAAGAGGAAGAAACAUGCGAGUAUUCUACAGUGAGACAUGACUAGGUCAUAAAUAUAUCUGCACCCUUUUUAGCCACUUUAUUAGGAACAACUGUAUAUCUAAUGUAAACAGUAACUGAAGUGCUUGACCUGCAUUUAUCUGCAUGUAUAUAUUUUUUGCGUUGCGUUGCUGCCAAGCAAUUGAAUGAUUGGAUGAAUUAUGGCAUAAUCAUUUAGCUGUUCUUCUUGCGAAGUGCAUGUUGAGUGUAUUUUGAUGUCUAAUUAUUGAUAUGUAUUGUUAAUGUUUGCUAUUUUGCUUGUUAUACACUUUAGCCAUGAGAUAAUGUUCAAAGCUGUUGAGUUGUUGAUUCUGAUUGGUCCGGAGAUGUUGAUUAGUUUUGUGUAAGUGCAUUGAUAUUAGUGCAAGCUACAAUUCCAAUCACAGAAUUAUCUUAAUAUUUGUGUUCUACUUUGUUAUUUUUAAGUUGCAAUCUACACCAGGAUGUGGUGCGAUAAAUGUUGAUGAACAUUUAAAUCCACAGAAAUAAACAUAGAAUUAGAUAUACUUUA